CAGACCAAGUCUGUGAGGUGGAAGGACAUGUGGCGGUGUGCAAGUGUGCCAGCGACCGCUUGGAAAGAAACGGACGUUGUUCAGGGAACUGCACUCUGGAAUGUCACCACAGGUUCGGCAGUUGCACCAUUUUCAACAACGAGGAACACUGCAACUGUACAUCCCCGCUCCAAGGCGAUUCUUCUGAGCAGUCCACCAAGGAAGGACCUUGUGUAUUGGAAAGCUUCUCUUACUUGACGUCGUUGAAGCUGAACAGAAGCAUCUCCUCAUGGAAAGUAGCUGAAGACUGCCGCAAUAUGAAAGAUCUUCUGACGCAGGCGUUGAGCGUGCUGUUCGGACCGGAAUUCCUGCAUCUAGACAUCGUCAGCUGUCUGGACGCGUACGAGGUACGGCUAAUAUUCAGCAAAAAGCAAGACGAAGCUGUUCUGAAGAGGCUUCAUCUUUGCAAGAAUAGCAUAAAGCCACACUCCUGUUAUUUCUGGCCAGAUGUACACGUUGUUUCUGGGUCAGUCGGAACCAUAGAACCAGAAAACAUCUGUGAGACAGCUCUACGGGUGCAGUUGGAGAAAUACGGCGGGGAGUACGUAUGCAAAGCACAGGACUACGAGAUACUUUUCAACUGCGUCAAUCCAGCCGCAGUCACCGGUACCGAAACCUCAGGCCGGAUAAUAAAGCAGCACUGUUCAGAAGCGAACAAACUACCACCAUCCGGCAUAAAAAAAGGGAAGCAGAACGAACCUGAAAUACCGCCGAACCAAACAGCUGUGAUUGUUGGUGUCGUCCUUGCAGUCCUAGCAGCAUUGGGCAUAAUCGCCAUCUUGAUGGUCUCAAGGAAAAAGAAGGCAGCCAAAGCUGAGCAGAGACGUCGGCAGGAAAAAUACGAGGAAGAUCUACAACAGUGAAUGAGUGUCCCUCCAAGUGACGGACGUCGUUUGGAUCAACACUGUUUGUAUUGCCAGUCAGAAGCGCACAUAAGAAGGGCUCGAUAGUGUAGGACUGAGAACUCCUUAUUUUAUUAUUUGUGUGUCCCACUACCUCUUUUUCUCAACGAUAAAGCGAGCGUGAAUACUCCA